UAGAGCAUAUUAAUGUGUCUGUAUUUUUUCAGUGUUUGCUUUCCCAAAUGCCAAAGUGACAUUGACACCGUCAACACAAAACAUUUCCGAGAACACGCCAUUGAUAUUAACAUGCUCUUAUGUCGGAGAUCUUACUGUAGAGACAUACACAAUGAUAAUUUCCUCAAGAUCAACUUUAGUAGGAUCUCUGAUGGCAAAUUGUUCUGUAUUUUCUAAACAACCAGAUCCAAUAAUGUACAGUUACACCUGUCCUACACAUGAACAACUAUUAUGGACCAUCAGAAAUGUAACACGUGCUCAUGAUGGUAACACAUGGAGAUGUCUAGUAGGAUUUACUACAAUCGGUAGCGAGGAGGCAACCAAUACAAUCAAUGUUCAAGUACCAAUACAGACUGUUGAGAUGUUUUAUCCAACGAACAAUGUGGUUACAAUACAGCAGAACAUAGAAACAGUAUUUAUUUGCAGAACAUCUGUAGGGAAACCAAAAGCUGCAGUGAGAUGGUAUAAAGAUAACAGAACGGCAACAACAAAUGAUGAUAUAGAGAUAACGACUUUUGCCACAACAACAGACACUACUAUUGGUGAUCUGAUAUAUGUUACAAGUACACUCCGCUAUUCCCCGGCAAAAGAAGACAGUGGUAUGAAAAUAUACUGCAUUGCUAGAAAUUCUGUUGAUAAUCUCGUAUCUAACAGAAAACCGGAGCUCAAUGUACAGUAUUCACCAGAUGGUCCUCCUGUAAUUCAAGGUUUCAAUAACACUGAAACAUGUUACGUUAUAGAAAACAAUCAAAGUUUACUUUCUUGCUCAAGCAGGGGAGGAAAUCCACUAGCAACAUUGUCUUGGGACUGUUUUAAUUCUGGAUCAACGUCGACUUCUUCUGUGGAAUCAAAUGUUACAAAAACUGUCACAUUUUCAGCCUUACGUGGCCAAGAUAGAUCUUGUACAUGCAAAUCUUCUCAUCCAGUUGAUAAAACACAAUCAGUAACUGUUAAUAUUGAAGUGUUAUGUAAGUUUACUUUUAUUUUUAUGAAAUAUUAUUUCACCGCUCUGAAAUUUGCUAGAUAUUGUAACUGACAUUUGUUAUAGGAUUCAUAGCUUCAUAUAGCAAAAGCUAAUUUUAUUUAGUUUUCACCGUACAUGAUGCUUUAUCAAUCAAUAAUACAUCAUAAUUAUUAAAAACAAAAGUAAUAUGACAACAAAUAUGAAAGUGGGCGGAAACUAACUUCACAUUUGAUUUCAGGGACAACGUUUUAGAUUUUUUCUCUGUCAGUCUAUAGUUUCACU